UAGUGUUUAGUCAGGUGAAGCUGCGCAGCUUAAAGCCGGAGGGGUCCUUCACAACACGACGUAUCUUUUUGAAACCGGAAAUAGAACGCCGUUGAUUUAGUCUGAAUCCAGCUAGUUUGUUCUUGAAAGUGGAAAUAUGUUGUCCAUAUUCAAGUCCAUUCCCACGCAUAUGGAUUACAAAGGCCAGAAGCUGGCUGAACAGAUUUUCCAGGGAAUCAUACUCAUCUCAGCGGUCAUUGGAUUCAUCUAUGGUCUGGUCAUUGAACAGUUUGGGUGGACAGUAUACAUAGUUUUGGCUGGUUUUGCUAUAUCUUGUGUGCUGACCCUUCCUCCAUGGCCUAUGUACAGAAAGAAUCCUCUGUCCUGGCAACCAGUUGUACCAGAGAACAAUGGAGAGCCCAGCCAAAAACCUCAGGAAAGUCUCAAGAAGAAGAAACACAAAUAACUCCUCACUCUAACCACCUGUUUGUUAAUACAUCCUUUUGUAAUGGAAUUAUUUUGAAUUUUAUUUCACAGUUUGGGAAGAAACAUUGUUGUAGUGUUUAUUAGUUCAUGAUGAAAUAAUUCUUGGUCCAAAUAAUAAACUUAAAUUACUCUGCUC